ACGAUGACGGAAGUGAAGAAGAGCCCCGAGCCGCCGCGCUGCUGCUUCCCCCGCGAUGCCGCUGGCCGCGGAAGCCGGGCCGGCUCGCCUGGUCCGCUCCGCCCAGAAGGACGAGCUCUACCGGGGGGCGCUGAGGAGCAGAGCCGGCGCCGCCUUGGCUGGCCUGGCGGGCCCUAAAGUUUGGCUAGAAUGGCAAAAAGAGAUUGAGCUCCUCGCUGAUGUGGCCUAUUUCACUCUCACUACCCUCUCAGGUUAUCAAACCCUUGGUGAAGAAUAUGUCAACGUUAUCCAAGUAGACCCGUCAAAGAGGAAGGUCCCUUCGUUAAUACGUCGGGCCGUUUUGGUCUCUCUGCACACUCUUUUGCCUUACUUGUUAGACAAGGGACUGGCCCAACUUGAACAGGAGCUCGAGGGAGGCCCCAACGAGUCACAGACGCUGCAAAGCAGAAACUUGGGCAGAUUACAAAGCCGGACGUCACUGCGAAGCUGGGUGCAGAAACAGGCCAGCCGAUUAACGGAACAGCAGAGAAGAUUUCUUGGUCAGGCUGUUCGUAUCGUCAAGCAAAGCAUCCCAUUCCUCCGGAGGUUGCACUUAGCCAUCUUUUAUAUGAAUGGCGUCUUCUACCAUUUGUCUAAAAGGACGACAGGAAUCACCUAUUUACGCUCUGCAGGGUUCACUGAAGACGACCAAACCAUUCAAUCAAGUUACAGGCUACUUGGAAUCAUUUCAUUCCUGCAUCUGGGGCUGAUGCUCGGCAUCUACGCGUACAACUUCCGACAUCGGCAGAGGGCGAGAAAAGAAUGGAAACAACACUAUAACCUCUCCUAUCAGAGAAGCCAACCGGAAGAGAGGAUCGUUAACCGUAGCCUGCGCUGCACUCUGUGCUUGGAAGAACGCCAGCACACCACAGCCACACCAUGCGGGCACCUUUUCUGCUGGGAAUGUAUCGCUGCGUGGUGCAACACAAAGGCCGAGUGUCCUCUGUGCAGAGAGAAAUUUCACCCCCAAAAGCUGAUUUACUUACGGCACUUCCGGUAAAUUGCUGCCCGUCGGAUUGCAAACGAAGAGCCAAUGAAAAUACAAGCUUUGACCAAGUGCAAGACUUUAUUUUGAUAUUAAAUUACUGGGAUCAAAUGGAAGCCAAACAUUUGACUUUUGCUGCCUGUACAAGAAGAUACAAACCUAUCCAUUUACAAUACGAACUGCUGUUGAUCCACUUUUGUCUCAGAGGGUUUGAGGUCAGGCGGAAGGGGCAUCUCAAAAGCAGUUUGAAGUUCGUAGAGCUUUACCCAUCCUAGGGAAUUUGAAUUCUGCAAUUUUGCUUUAAGCAUGCUUUCAGGAAAGAUAGCAACCUCUUCCUCCCCCUUCAAUCCCCACACACUGCCAAGUAACUAAAUUCCACUAAUGAUGGAACUGAUGCUUCAAAACGUUUCAAAGGCAGAAGGGCUGUAUAAUGUAGCUAUCUUGGAUACCAGUCUUAUAAAACAAAGUGGCUUCGGAUUCAAUUCUACAGACACAGCUGCUUUUAAAAUUCACAGAUCUAGGUUCUGUAAGCUCCUUUUGGGAAUCGAAUCUGAAGCACCGUGCAGCCCUCUCAAAAUGUCACUCUUCAAGCUUUGAACGGCAGAUGCAACAACUAGUACCAAAGCAUACACUGGUUUUUCUCGGUCACCAACUUCUGAGUUUAAUGCACCUCAGGCUGGGCAGGGGAGAAUCUCUAAAUUUGACACAGCAGUCAGAGGCAAAUAUCAAUGGUGAUUUCAAGAGACCACGAAGUGCAGCCUUCCAGGUGCUUCCGACAUACUGCCUGGGGCAGUAGGGAGGAAUCUUGAAGGCCACAUCGGACGUCCCCUUCAUCUAGGCUACCAAGCCCAACAGAAAAACCCAUAAAUCGCAGUGAGUUAUGCUCAAACAUGCUGAGCAUAUACCCAGCUGGCAUAGUAAACCUAAGAUCCAUUGUGUGAUGAGUCUGACUGGUUUCAAUAGCAUUUACGUCUGAAGAGCUCAUUAAUGAUCCCAUUUCUAAAUGGAGGGGCAAUGACAUUUUUGUCCCUUGUAGUCAAGCUGGAAAAAGGGAGUUUUCCUUUUUUUUUUUUUUUUGAUAGAAAAGAAGCAAAAUUUCCUAUCACGUGAAACCCCCCCCCCUUUUUUAAAACAAUCCUGUAAGGGAGAAAUCGACCUAUAUGGCACAGAAUAUUUAAAUAUGUCAUCACUGCCAAAUACAAUGUAAACUUUAACUUUUGGAGUUGAUAGUAAAUAGCUACUUUACCUCUGAAGAUAAUAUUUGUACAAUAGUGCAAAGGGCUGUUUUUAUUGAGACAGCUAAAAUACAAUAUUCCACAAGAUUAAAUUAUAUGCGUUUAAGAAAGCAGGGUGGAGAGAAAACUUUGAACGUAAUACAGAGUUCUUUACAUUUGUUUUAUAAAGACUGCUGAACCCAAGAAAGGGACAAUGUCUUUUAAUAAAGUUUGGGAUUUAAAAAGUCACUUAAUAAAACUGUUCAUAGCUAUAUCACAUCAAAAAUGUUUACAUGCAGGUCAUUUAUUUUUAGAUUUCUCUCCAUAGAAAAUUAAAAGCUGGGUUAAGACCCCAUAAAGUUCAAUCUGCCGUGUCCAAUCUAGAUGCACCUUGGAAAGGGCUAUGAAGCAAGCUUAAAAAAAAAAAAAACCUUUUAUCAAAGAAAUGUGUCAAAAUACUCUUCACCUAAUAUUAUAUAUACAUGUAAUAUUCCAGGCCUUUUCCAAAAUGAAAAAAAAUAAUAA